CGCUCCUUGUUUUCAUCGGAACAUUUCCAAUAGAGAAAGACGCUCACUCUUAAACUCUCCCACUGUACCCACUGAUCCAUUUUCCGCCCUUACACAGCCUGGCCACUUUACUCCGUUGUUCAAUGGCCACUCUCGCCUUCAAUUCCGUCGCCGCCACCUCCAAAUUCAACUCCGCCGCGGCAAACUCCUCCGUCCGUCGCCAGCUGUCACAUCUCCGCCUCCCGACAGCUCCUGUCCAGUCAUCACCUUCCUUGCAGUGCCGCUGGUCUUCUUCCUCUUCCGCCUCUGCAGGUGUUAAAACUCAGGUGGCAACCACUGAACAAGCUGGAGUUGAGGCUGCUGCAAAGGUUGAAGCUCCCGUUGUUAUUGUCACCGGAGCUUCUAGAGGAAUCGGGAAGGCAAUUGCUUUGGCUUUGGGAAAGGCUGGUUGUAAGGUCUUAGUGAACUAUGCGAGAUCUUCAAAGGAGGCAGAAGAAGUUUCCAAAGAGAUUGAAGCAUGUGGUGGUGAAGCCUUGGCUUUUGGAGGCGACGUAUCAAAAGAAGAAGAUGUAGAAUCCAUGAUGAAAACUGUGGUUGAUCGAUGGGGAACAGUUGAUAUCUUGAUCAAUAAUGCAGGUAUCACGCGUGAUACCUUGUUGAUGAGAAUGAAGAAGUCCCAGUGGCAGGAGGUUAUUGAGUUGAAUCUUACAGGAGUUUUUCUCUGUACACAGGCUGCAGCUAAAAUCAUGAUGAAAAAGAAAAAGGGUAGAAUCAUCAACAUAUCGUCUGUUGUUGGUUUAGUUGGCAAUCCAGGGCAAGCCAACUAUAGUGCUGCUAAAGCAGGAGUCAUUGGCUUAACCAAGAGUGUUGCAAAAGAAUAUGCCAGCAGGAAUAUUACUGUUAAUGCUGUUGCCCCUGGGUUCAUUGCAUCUGAUAUGACUGCCAAACUAAGUGAAGACAUUGAAAAGAAAAUUUUGCAAGGUGUACCCUUAGGUCGCUAUGGUCAACCUGAAGAAGUUGCUGGACUAGUGGAAUUCCUAGCACUCAAUCCGGCAGCCAGCUAUAUUACUGGACAGGUCUUGACCAUCGAUGGUGGGAUGGUUAUGUAGAAGUCUACAAAUCACUCUCAUUUUGUUUGCUCUCAGACAAGGAUCGAAAGGGUGAUCAUUUAUGUUAUACCAUCAUUGUAGCCUCGUUAGUUGCCUGCGCAGAAGGAACUUGUUAAUUUGGUAGUAGGAGAUGAGCUGACUUACUAUUUUUUCGCAUUUUCCCCUCUUCUUUUUUCCGUUUUCCUAGCUGAGUAGGCAUUUUUGAAAAAUUUGAGACAGGGUUUGAUCAUUUUGUUUUAGUUGCUAUGUUAAAGUUUGUAAAAACGAUAACUUUGCUACUGUCAAUGCUGCUCUUACCCCCGAGACGGAGAUUGAUAAAUCAAUGAAAUUAUUACUAAUGAGAGUUUUCGACCUCUAAUAAA